UGACACAGGAAAUCCACACACUUCUUUACUAAAGGUUAUGAAGUCAGAAUGUCCUGGUUGACGCGCCGGACCUUUUAUUUGCCGAACACAUCAAAGAAARUGAAUUAUAAAAGGCGGCCUUACAUGAGUUCAGCGGAUUUGGAGAAAGUCGCAUGAUAUCCAAUGUCCAUCCAGUCCCAUUUUUUAGACGACAAGCUAAAUUGAAGACAGGAAGCCCACAAACUGAUUUUGAUGUCGAUGCUAUUUUGGCAAAUUGUCCAUGUUUCGUUACUUUUCGUUACUCUUCGUAGCUUAUUUUUCUCCUUUGAUUUGUUUUUAAAUUCCGCGCGCUUUUAUGGUCGAGGUAGACUGAGACAAAAAAUAUCAGCUGUUUCAUUGUCGAGUCAUCGCCAUAGCAACAGCAGUUCCUGACAAGAUGGCGGACGUGGACACUCUCAGCUCCUACAUGAGCAAGAAUGUCAUUCGCGGGACUCCUUCUCCUCUACCUAGACCUUAUUUACCAGCUUUGCCACCUAAAAAGACAGUCAAGCCAUCUUAUUUUAGAUUUUUAGAAGAAGCACCUUUGACUGCUUUGCAAGGAGUUGUAGCAGAUGCCAAGGAGCCUCCGUCGCCUCCAAAGUUGCAGAGAAGUCGUAAUAGAAUCCAUGUUGGAAAUACUAACAGAUGGCGGCUUGCAAAUUCACUUGGUAGCGAUCUUCUUGGAAGUAAUCAAGCCUUAAAAGCAGCAAGCAGUUCAUAUAAUGACACAAUUAUUGCCCUUAUGACAGCUGACAAUCCUACAACAACAUGUUGCCAUGGUGACACGGUAAGUCCAAGGGGGGCCACUAGUAAAGUGCAGGCAUCCUCCUUGAUUUCACCAAGAUUCUUAAAGUCUCAACCUGCAUUAUCAAGUGUUGUCUGGAGGCAAACCAACCCACAUAAGAUGUUGAAAUCACAGCCAUUCACAAGUAUUACUACACAGAGAGGACAAAGAGCCAGUGAGCCAGAACAGGAUAUGCCUACUCCRUCACAGCUAAGACAAAUAGAACUGCAGAAAAACUUUUUACCAUCAAAUAUGAGAUCACCAAACCCAGUAGAAAUGUUCUUACACAGAUCUCAAGUGGCAAAUGCCUACAAAACACCAGAUGUUAUUCUUUAUGCCUUGRAUACAACAUGGGAACUCCACAAACCAUUUUUACAGAAAUCUGCUCUUCUCAGUGCAAUGGUUAGAAGAGCUGACAAAAAUGGACUUAAACAUAUUGCAGAAGAAGACGAGGAGCCUUACUCUGCAAAUAUGCAAAGUACAAAUACAAAAGACCUCAAUCUUCAAGCAUUAAAAACUGCAGCUUCUAAAGAUUCAACAGCACACGUCCAAUACCAUCAACUAAUCCCACGGACAGCCAGCUUUAUGGACAAUGUUCUUACAUUAAAGCUCAGGAUCAGAGAYCCUCUUAUCACCAAACAUAGCUUUGCUUGUGCUUUAGCAGCUAUGUAUGAAACAGAAAAUGACAUUAAAGUAGAAGAAAGUGAUGUUGUUGGUAUAUUGGCUGCAGCUCAUUUCCUGGGAAUUGCUUCACUAGAAAGAGUAUGUGCACAGGUAAUGUUGAACAGUAUUGCAUCCUGGUCUGUAUGUGCUUUCCAUGCAGGUGCUACAAAGUAUAACCAAAGAACAGUGGCUGAAACUUGUGAACGAUGGCUUGAGAUCAACCUUGUACCUCAGUUGGCAGUCCAGAUCUACCUCAGCCAUCUGCCUCAAGAACUACUGGAAAAGUCCCUCAAAUCAACCAGGUUGUUUACCUGUAAUGAAUACUCAUUGUACAAGCUGCUAUGCUAUUGGAUCUUCCUCCAACAACACCAACAUCUUCAGCUCAUGCCUUCUUGGGGAACGGUGGUCACUUGGUUCAUGAGUUUACCAAAGACAAGUUCGUUUUUAGAGAGAGAAGAGGGUCAUGGAUAUGCUUGCUUGUUUAGAUCGAUUAGAAUGGAAGGAAUUACUGACAGUUCACAGCUUGAUGAAGUGCAUAAAAUGAAUGUCAUCCCAUCGCCAUGGUUACUUCGUAUAUACAGUCAGCACUACCAUGCACUUCAAGGUGGAGGAGAUAUGUCUCUGAUGACAAAAUUUGAGCAAGGCGCAGUUCGAAUUGGUUUCAUUAUUGAACAACACAUUCAGUCCCAUAAUGAGAUUAUAUCGCUACAUGGAUUUUACUUUGAAGUUAAAGCAGUCAAGAACGAUAAUGACAGCUCUGAUUAUUCUUUCUUUAUCCAGAGACUAAGACCCAAUGAUCCAUCCUUGUCAUUCAAGGCCUGCGCAAGACACACCUUUUCUAUGAGACAAGAUAGAGAGGUUCGAUAUUGUUUAAGAGUCCAAUGGAUUUCAAAAGAGAUCUACAAAGUAUACACGUCAGGCGUUCUCAGUCASAUAUUUGGGUUUUCUGGCAAGAUGAAGAGAAGCGAUGUGAUCAAAGUAGAAGAUGUCACAAUGCCCCUUUAUGUUACUUUGUUUCUCAUGUUUCCACCAUCAUGACACUGACGUGGGCUUCCUGUGUUGAGUUUUGGUUUAAAAUGACUUUCAAAUAACUAAUGAAACGAAAUAUCCAAAAGUAUGUAAAAUAUAUAAGAGGAAUAAAAAUUAACGAGUGA